ACGGGGCACACAACAACCAACCACCGUUCCACUGCUCGUUCAGUUAGGUGUGCUUUUAGUGUGCGUAGUCUGCUACGCCAGAAACAACAACCCACACGACUAUAUAGUUCUUUUGUGUGUGUGUGUGUGUGUGUGUGUGUAUAUGUGUGUGUGUUUUCUUCCAAAAGUCGACCGUUCCGUUCGAAUGAACUCGUUUUCUUUUUGGCUGCGUGCGGCUCGGAUCGUACCCAUGUGGUUCUUGGUCAUUUUGACGUUCCACCGAAAUUGAAUAGAAAAUUACAGAGCGAAGAAGAAAGAUGAAGAACUUUAUCGUGGCCUCGGUUCUCGGUAAAAGCAAACAUAAUCAUCAGCAGACAGCGGAACAGCAACAGCAGGCCGACCAGGUAAUUAGCAAGAAUCGGCUAUUAAAGGGAGGACAGACUCAACAGCCGGCACUGCUAAAGAAUGUCGGACGUCGAACGGAUGUUCAUCACCAUCAGACGACGGCCAAAGAACGUCCAAGAGGGAAAUCGUGUGAUCGAUUGGUGCAAAACCGGAGCGAAAGUCAUCAGCAUUUCUCCAGCGAGUGGAGCGAUGACGGCGGAUUCGGUCAGUGGCGAGCCAUCCAUCAUCGUCCGACUUGUUCCUCGCGGCCGGAACCUUACUACCAUCACGCUCGACCGAUCUCUGUGUCCAUCACGGACCGCAUCCAGUUUGUGCUCCGUCAACAAGAUCGACAGCAACAAAAUCAUCAACAACAACAACAGUUCGAUAAUGCCUUCCAGCUGGCGACUAAUCGUGGAUUCCACAAACAGUUUACGACCCAUCAUUAUCCGGAAUAUCAUCAACAUCCAUCGGCUAAUGGCAAUGGCAAUGGCACCAUGGGCACGGCUGGCUGGGCCUAUCAAAGUGGCAGUUCCAGCGAAGAGGCCGUUGGUCCCCAAUCGCUCGAUUCUCAAUGGGCGCUCCAGCGGCAACAACAGCGGCAUAACAACCAGAAUAGAGUCAAUCAUCCGUCGUACCCAACAGGGCCGUCGUCGAUGGUGGUGGACCAACAGUCGGUCUCGGCGCUUUCCAGGAAACUUUCGACUUACGGGACACUACCCCGGAAUCGCCAGCGAUUCUUCACGGCCAAAUAUCAUAAUGCUUCGUCGUCGAUGGGCGAGUCGGUGCACAACAGCAACGGCGGACAACAGCAACAGCCGCAACCACACAGCCAACAGCAGCAGCAACAACAAGCGCAUCAGCAACAGCAGCGAUUGCGGGGCGUCACCAACGGCGACGUAGGGACGUUACGACCUGGCCGUCUGGCCCAACCACAACAACAACAACAUCAGCAACAGCCCGCAGCGAUUUCUUCUUCUUCCGCGCUGGCCACCAACGGCGGCGACAGCGCUGGAGGAGAGUUGGGCUCUGCCGCAUCGUCGUCGUCACAGCCCCACUCGGCCGCCCACUCGACCCACUCGAGCGGCCUCGUGCUCUCGGCGCCCACCUCCCUCCAGCAGAGCUCUUUGGCUGCUCCGCAGUCUCAGCAGCAACAGCCUCCGCAUUCCACCGCUAAAACGGAUCAGACAGAUAAUGGAGAAGCUCUGAAGAGACGCAGCAACGAGUUGUGCCCCGGAGGAGGUGGUACGCUACGAAGAGGAGCCGCCAGAUCUUCACCGUCUAACGUCGACGAUCUGAUCCAUUUGGCUGGACCUUUGACGGAAGAUGCCGUCCUCAAGACCCUGCAGGCUAGAUUCUACGCCGACGAAUUUUUCACAAACAUCGGACCGAUCCUGCUGGCUUUCAAUCCUUACAAUGAAGUGGGCAACGCGCUGACCUUGUCCAGCACUCGCAAUAUCGUCCAAAAGCCGCAACUGGUGCGCGUCGUCCAAGAAGCGGUGCGCCAACAAUCGGAAACGGGUUAUCCUCAAGCCAUCAUCUUGUCCGGAUGUAGUGGCUCGGGUAAAACGUACGCCUCGAUGCUCCUCCUACGGCAAUUAUUCGACGUGGCCGGCGGCGGACCCGAAACGGACGCCUUCAAACACCUAGCAGCCGCUUUCACUGUCCUUCGAUCGCUGGGCAGCGCCAAAACGCAAGCCAAUUCCGAAUCCAGCCGCAUUGGUCACUUUAUCGAAGUGCAAGUGACGGAUGGUGCCCUGUACAGGACCAAGAUCCAUUGCUAUUUCCUGGACCAGACGCGCGUCGUGCGGCAGUUAGCCCAGGAGAAGAAUUACCACAUCUUUUACCAGAUGUUGGCCGGUUUGACGGCUGAGGAGCGAGCCCGCCUCUCGCUCGAAGGCUAUUCGGUCGACAACCUGCGCUACCUCAAUCGCGGUGACACGCGAUGCAACCAAGCAGAGGAUGCCCGCCGAUUCGCCAAUUGGAAAGCCUGUCUCGGUGUAUUGGGUAUUCCAUUUUUGGAUGUGGUGCGAGUCCUGGCGGCUGUCCUCCUUCUUGGAAAUCUGCAAUUCCACGAGCGAACGGGCGGCGGUGGCCAGUGCGAGACGCACGAAGCCGAGCUUAAAGCCGUUGCCGGGCUGUUGGGUGUCACGCCGGCAUCGCUGCUGCGCGGGCUGACCAUGCGGACUCACAACGUCCGCGGCCAGCUCGUCAAAUCCAUUUGCGACGCCAACAUGUCGGGCGGUGCGAGAGACGCGCUGGCCAAGGCCCUUUACUGCCGGACGGUGGCGACGAUUGUGCGGCGAGCCAACAGCCUGAAGCGGCUGUGCAUGUCCGGAACGCUCAGCUCCGAUUCCAACGAUUCGGUGCACAACCAGGCCGAAGUGGCCAGUCAACACGCAUCGACGGUCGGCACAGCUGGAUCGAAAUCCAGCCGUUCCAUGGCCGUCCUUAAUACGGCCGUCAGACACGCCACCGACGGAUUUAUCGGAAUUCUCGAUAUGUUUGGAUUUGAAGAUCCCAAGCCGAGUCAGUUGGAACACUUGUGCAUCAACUUGUGUGCCGAAACGAUGCAGCAUUUCUUCAACACGCACAUCUUCAAGUCGAGCAUCGAGUCAUGUCGGGAGGAAGGCAUCCAGUGCGAACUCGAGCCGGAUUACGUGGACAACGUACCGUGCAUUGACCUCAUCUCUUCGCUGCGAACUGGCUUGUUGAGUAUGUUGGAUGUCGAAUGCAGCGCAAGAGGAACUCCGGAAUCGUACGUUCAAAAGGUCCGGCUCCAGCACAAACACAACAGCAGACUUUUCGAAUCGAAAUCCGUUUCGUCGGAUUUGCGCGUGUUUGGCAUUCAACAUUUCGCCGGCCGAGUCGUUUACGAUGCCAGCGAUUGCUUAGAUACCAAUCGCGAUGUGCUUCCGGACGAUUUGGUUUCCGUUUUCUACAAACAGAGUUGCCAGUUUGGCUUUGCCACUCAUUUAUUCGGUUCAGAACUGAAAGUGCUCUUUGCCCAGGAGACGGCGCCCAGGGGAAUUCGCUUCCGCAUUUCGCCCACCUCUCACACUGACCUGUUGAACGGGGACGAUCCGGUGUCUACGUUAACGCAAGAUUUUCACACGCGGCUUGACAAUCUGUUACGGACGCUAGUCCACGCCAAACCCCAUUUUAUUCGAUGCGUCAGAGCCAAUAAUACAGAAACUACGGGUCAUUUCGAUCGAUCGGUAGUCAGCCGACAGGUUCGUGCCCUCCAGGUCCUCGAAACGGUCAAUCUCAUGGCUGGAGGAUAUCCACACCGGAUGAGGUUCAAAGCGUUUAAUGCCCGCUACAAGAUGCUGGCGCCGUUCAAACGGCUGAAACGACUCGACGACAAAGCCGUGGACGACUGCACUCUGAUCUUGCAAUCGUUCCAAGCCAACACGACGCUCCAGUUGCCAAAGGAUUCGAAUGUGAGCACUAGCUGGUCGUUGGGCAAGCGCCACAUCUUCCUCAGCGAAGGCGCACGCCAGCAGUUGGAGGCGUUGAGAGCGGAAACGCGUCACAAAGCGGCCGUGGCCAUCCAGUCGACGUGGCGCGGAUGGCACUUUCGCCGUCGCUGGCCCACAGUCAAACGCCAGCUCGAGCUUCGAAUGGGCCGCAACGCCAAUAAUUCCUCAAUGUCGAUCAACAAUGCGGCCAGUUUACAAAAUCACCAGGUCGCUGGUGGCGCCUCACACGUCAAUCUUAAUCGUGGUAACUCUCAUCCGGCCAAUCGGAAUCAACAGCAACAACCUCAGCAACAGCAGCAGUUGCAGCAGCAGCAACAGUCACAACAAUCGCAGCAGUUGGCGGGCGUCGGCCAGAGCGUCGGGUCGUCGCAACAACAGCAACAGUCGUACGGCCGGCCUAGGCCGCAGCCCAUCGCUUGUACGCCUCCGCCCGAAGCUUUGGCUGGCCUCCACCAGGAGAAGUGCGACGCUAAAACCAUACAGCACACGUGUUCUCUAUUCGGUCUAGACUUGGAGAGACCUCCCCCGUUGCCACCCAGUCGAUCUUACACAGUGGCGGGCAACAGUAAAUUAGGAUAUCCCCAGACGCGCAUCAUGAAAAGUACUUUUCCAGAAGAUGCUAACGGUGAUGUCGUGUUACGUGGGGGCGAGGCCGUGAUGGUGAUGGGAGCUUCGCAUCGCAGGGGUCACCUGCUCGUCGAACACAAGAACCAUCACUUCCACGUGCCGUAUCAGUUUCUCGAGCUGAAACCCAACAGCCAGCAGCCAGGCGUCGACAUUUGAAACUUGGAUGCAUACCACGGAUAUGUAUAGGAAGGGAGGAGCGAAGCAGAUGGCCCUCUCAUUUUCUCAACAUCCAAAAAGAUAAAUAAUAAUAAUUAAGAAUGAAUACUGAUUUUUUGUUUUGUUUUUAGCCUCACAACUAGAGAGACUGGCAUCAGUCCUCCUCGGGAAAGAUUUUUAAAUUUUCUCUAGCCCCACACAAUAAAGAAAGAAAGAGCCUUAUAUCUGUUACCGUGUUUCUUCAGUUUCUUAACAAUUCAUGUGUGUGUGUGUGUACUGUGUGAGUGUGUACCUCUUUUUAUUGUGUAUGGUAGACAUCGAAUACUUUCCGUCCAGGCGCUAUCGUUUUCAUUUUUUUUUUAAAGAAAGAAGAAUUACAGAAAACGAUUGCUGAUGGAUUCCCCAUUUUCGCUCUUUGACGCUAUCAGAAACAGCCCAAUGCUCAAUUUUUUAAUUUUUUUUUUUUUUGUUGAAUUCAAUUUUGUUUCCUUCAUCCACUCAUUUUUAUUAUUAUUUUUUUGAUUUGCCUUUCUCUUCAAUUAUUAUAUUAUCGUCAUUCUUUACACACAAUUGUUACAAUGAUAUUAUCAAACUUUGCACCGAUGCCAUAUUCAGUUGUAAGACGAUGACAUUUCAAAACUAAAAAUUCAACUAAAAAAAAAAAGAAAAAAACCAAACACGAGAAAAGAAAAAUAAUAACGAAAGACAACAACUAUAUAUGUGCCAUGAUGUCGUCAGUUGAGUGUCUCCUCUUGCCUUUUCACCCUCCCGUCUUGUCCCGAAAUUCACUACUUUUUCUUUCCGAUUUCCCUCCUGAUACACCACCCCCUUCCUGACUCGAUAUGAAUUUAUGAAUUAAACAAUAUGAGAUAUUGCCUCA